UUGGAAAAGUGAAGAAAAGGAAGAAAAAGUUCACACCGUUAUUUUGUAUUUACAGAAUCCAAAAACUGAAAUUGAAGAUGACGAGAUAGAGCAAAGCACCAUCCGCCAAAUUGAAGAUGACGAGAAUUCCUCUGCUGCGUUACUCUUGCAAUGGUAUUUCCUUUGAUAUUUCCCAUUCUGGUUCGGCAUUUACAAUCAGAUAUUAUUCUUUUUCUCAUAGCAAUAUUGAGAAUGUCAAGUGCUUAGAUGGUGCUCUGAGUCUCUUUCGUCGAAUGGUCAGUACGCAGCCUCUUCCUUCUGUUUUUAGCUUCUCCAAAUUAUUGAAAAAUAUGGUAAAUAUGAAGCAUUACUCUGCUGUUGUUUCCCUUUUUCGAGAAAUGCGAAAAUUAGGCGUCCCAGUUAAUGAUUUCAUCUUGAGUAUCGCGAUUACUAAUUAUUGCCUAAUGCAUCGUUCUGAAUGCGGAUUUUCAGUGUUAGCCAUUUACUUGAAGAGUGGCUUUCCGUUUGAUGCGGUCACCUUUAGCACCUUACUAAGGGGACUCUUUGCGGAAAAUAAGAUCAAAGAUGCAGUUAACUUGUUCAAAAAGUUGGUGAGAGAGAAUAUUUGCGAGCCCAACGAAGUCAUGUAUUCGAUUGUCAUGAAUGGGCUUAGCAAAAGGGGUCAUACUCAAAAAACUUUUGAUUUGCUUAGGGUAAUGGAACAAGGAAGCACUAAUCCCGAUGCAUGCAUCUAUAGCAUUGUUAUAGAUGCCUUAUGCAAAGAUAGAAUGGUAGAUGUUGCAAUUAGCCUUUUGAAUGAAAUGAAACAAAAAGGCAUUCCUCAGGACGUUGCCACUUAUAAUUCAUUGAUUGAUGGUCUUAGUAAGUUUGGUAAGUGGGAAAAGGUUAGGAAUUUGUUCUUAGAAAUGGUAAAUCUGAAUAUUUAUCUCGAUGUAUGCACCUUCAACAUAGUGAUAGAUGGACUAUGCAAAGAAGGGAAAGUUGAAGAUGCUGAGGAGGUAGUCAGACACAUGAUUGGAAAAGGUGUAGAGCCAGAUGUGGUCACCUACAAUGUGAUAAUUGAUGGAUAUUACUUGCGCAGCCAAAUGGAUAGAGCAAGGAGAAUUUUUGAUUGCGUGAUAGAUAAGAGCAUUAAGCCUAACAUUUUUAGCUAUAGCAUACUAAUAAAUGGAUACUGUAAGAAGAAGAAAGUGGAUGAGGCCAUGCAUUUGUUUCAUGAAAUUUCUCGAAAUGGACCCAAACCUAACAUUGCUAUCUACAGUACUAUCUUGCAAGAUCUAUUUGAAGUUGGAAAAACUGACUUUGCGCUCUCUUCACAUUAUAGAUGCCAGAAAUACUUAAGCUCUUUAACCUGUGGUUAGCCGUUGAGAUGCUAUAUACGGGGCUCAAACCCAAUUUAUGCACUAAUCGCAUUUUGCUCGGUGUUUUUUUUUUGGAAUGGACUUGUUGAGAAAGCUAUGUCGCUAUUUCAGAAGUUGGAAAUAAAGAGAGAAGAUACCGAUAUUGAACUUUACAAUGUUGUACUCGACGGAUUGUGCAAAAAUGGUCAACUCGACAAAGCUCAUGCUAUUUUUGAGAAGCUUUCUUUAAUUGGAUUGUUUCCCAAUGUGAUUACAUACACUAUAAUAAUAAAUGGAUUUUGUCUAGAAGGGUUGUUAGAUGAUGCUAAAGAUAUGCUAAGAAAAAUGGAGGAGAAUGGUUGUUCGCCAGACAAUGCAACUUACAAUGUUAUUGUCCAAGGAUUUCUGAAGUUUAGCAAAAUUAGUGAAAUGAAAGUUUUUUUGAAUGAAAUGAAUGAAAGGGGCUUCUCGUUUGAUGCAAGUACACUAGAGUUACUAAUAGAUGUUAUAGCGAAGGAUCCUUCUUUGCUUAACAUGAUACCACAGUUUCCCUCGGGAAGUAAGAAGUGAAUAUUUAUUUCACUUGAGUUAUUCAGCUAUACUUAUCACCGUGAUAGAAUUUCCUUUUACCUCUGCGAAAGUAAUCACUUUUAAUGGAGCUGCGGAAGCUGAAAGAAUGGAAAUUAGAACAUUGCUUGAGCUUUCCAAGCAAACUUAUUGAGGAGAUGAGAAGCUUCUUUCUGUGUUCCAUGAGGGAGUGUAGUACGGUGCUGGCAUUGGCCGUGGACAACAUCCAUUCACCAAGGAUUCCAUCAACAUAAGAAAUUGCUGACAUAAUCAACAAAAUGCUUGCAGUCCUUGAUACCAUCAUCCUCUGGGUCAACCCCGACUAUGGCCUUAAGACGUGCAAGAUGGAGCAGAUCACAACCCAUAAUGAAGCUGCUAAGUUUGCUUUCCUUCAUUUUACUUCUGGUGUACGAAGUAUAUCUCUAAAUAAAGUUAUGUUUUUAGGUGUUUGUUUGACUAGUAUUGAUGCCCAUUUUUUGAUCUAUUUGAUCAUUUUCCACAUAAAAGCUCUGGUUUUAGCCUUCCCCUUGAAUUUUACUCUUUAAUUUGCGAACUCAAAUAGUCAAGUCUGAUCUGAUGUUUUUUCUCCAAGUUUGUUAUAGUGAUAUAAUCAUUAGAGUAUGUUAGUGAACCCCUAGUGUUAAAUAAUCCUUAAAUACAGAGUAUUGAAAUAUUAUGGACCGAAAGAGAGCAAAAAUGAUACUGAGGAUUCAUAUAACUGCCCCAACUAGCUUGGACAGAGGCAUAGUUGUUGUUCUAAUUUUGUUAUAGAAAAAUCAUUUUUUCUCUUCUUUCUUUUCAUUUUUUUUCACUCUUGAAGUUUGUUUAACUGUCUAUAUGAAAAGCAUAGUAGGUCCCAGGUCCGGAUAAAAAAUAAGAAUUCUCAGCAUAAAAUAAUUUAGCUGUGACGAAUCCUCUGAAUUUAUUAGGAGAGUGGAAUAGAUACAGAGAAUUCAAAUUAGCGUCUUCAAUUAGUUUGUGAUUGAAGAAUUCUUGAUUGGUUGAUUGAUUGCCACUUGAAGUUUGUUUUAAAUUAAGGGUGUGGAGAAUUCAAUCUCUCUCUCCAUAUUAUGUUAUGCACUCAUGUUUCCUUCUUGUAUAGUUUACAGAAAACAAUGAUACUUCCUUAAUGCGUGCAACUCUAUGAAUAUCAAGUGUUUAAAAUGUGAAGUCCAUGAGCAACUAAGAACAAAUGAUUGACUCAAUCACAUUUAACUCCUCGUGUAUCUCGCUUCUUUUUUGUCUAGGAUUAUUGGAACUAUAUAGUUUGGCUCGCUGAUGAUACAUUAUUGUUUAGGAGAAAGAGCUAUAGAUUAAUGUUACCUUCUCAAAAAAAAUGAGCUAUAGGUUAGACAGUGAAGUUUAUGUUGCAUGCUUGUACAAUGCUUGAAUAGGAAAAUAGCUUCUGCCGUUGCUUGGACAACAACUAAAGAUAUAAUAAAGACUUAUACUUUAGAUGUCAAAUGAGAGAUUUCCUGAAGAUACUUCCUUCCCGGUUUCAAGUUCUAAUAUUGAGUUAGAAAUCUGUUUUUUUAAACCUUGAUCCCAACACUAAUUUUUUACAGAGCGAAACAAGUAUUGUUCUCAUACAUCUCCACAGUACAUGAGGGCUGAAAAGAUUAGUGCGAUCACCUUCUUUAGUGGAAUCACUGUGCUAUUUUCCUCGAGAAACUAUAUCAUUAACUGAAAUGAAACCAUUCGACUCAUCUACCAGCUCGAAUGCAAAUUCUAGUGCGACAAAGUCUGUAGAAACCAAAAGUUACCUCCUUUGCAACUGGGUCAGAGUGUACAAAUCCAUUCCAGAUGAGGUCUUCCCUACAGGUACUAUUGUGCUUCCUAUUGGUGAAGAUAAGUGGUUUGCUCUGAGCUUGAAAUACCCCAAUGAGAACCGUAGCCAAUUAUGUGUGACAGUAAAGGCAUGUUUUGUUACAUUAUCAUCUUCUUAAACACAAAGGCUGAAUUGAAUCUAGGAUGUAUAAAGCUACCAUAUUUUUAAAGUAUUUGUAUAUUUUAUUUUCUGGAACAUUGAAUUGUUUGUGGAAGUUAAGAAGUAUUAUUACGAACUUAGCAGGGGAUUUUCUGUUGCCCCUUAGGUAUUGUCUUUAUUCUGUUUAGUUGUGGUUGCUGUUCUUCAGGAUUAUUAGGUGAACAAAGUAUGACUUCUGGCAUGGACAUUCAUCCUCUCAAUUUAACACACACAUACAUACCUCACACACACAUAUUGAUACCACGUAUGUAUUCUCUCUCUCUCUCUCU